CCCGUCCCCCGACAGGGCAGCAUCCUCAAGGCCCACAUGGUCACACACAGCAGCCGCAAGGACCAUGAGUGCAAGCUGUGCGGGGCCUCUUUCCGGACCAAGGGCUCUCUGAUCCGCCACCACCGGCGCCACACAGAUGAGCGCCCUUAUAAGUGCAUCAAGUGUGGGAAAAGCUUCCGGGAGUCAGGCGCACUGACCCGCCACCUCAAGUCCCUGACCCCGUGCACGGAGAAGAUCCGUUUUGGAGUCAGCAAGGACACAGCUGCCUGCAAGGAGGCGGGGCCUGCAGGGUCAGGGCCUGCCAGCCUGGGGAUGGUCACAUCACCCUCGGGGACAGAGGAGCCCAUAGAGACGUCCCCUGUGAUCCACUUGGUGACAGAUGCCAAGGGCACUGUCAUCCACGAAGUCCACGUGCAGAUGCAGGAGCUGGCCCUGGGCAUGAAGGCCCUGGGCCCAGAGCAGCCCCCAGGCCCUGAGGAGCUGGCCUGUUCCGCCAGCGAGGGAGGCCGGGAGAACUUGCUGCACCAGGCCAUGCAGAACUCCGGCCUGGUCCUGGACCGGGUCUCAGGGGAGGAGGGGGCUGCCCUGGAGCCGGCCGUGCCCACUGAGCCUGGCCCCCAGGCCCUGGGCGAAGGGUCCCCAGAGCUGCCCUUGUUGACCUUGGAGCAGGUAGAAACAGUGGCUAGCGCAGCUGCAGGUGUGCCCAGGACCCACCCGUGCCCUCAGUGCAGCGAGACCUUCCCCACAGCUGCCACGCUGGAGGCCCACAAGAGGGGCCAUGCAGGACCGCGGCCAUUCGCAUGCGCACAGUGCGGCAAGACCUUCCCCAAGGCCUACCUGCUCCGGAAGCACCAGGAGGUGCACGUACACGAGCGGCGCUACCGCUGUGGGGACUGCGGGAAGCUCUACAAGACCAUCGCCCACGUGCGCGGCCACCGGCGUGUACACUCGGAUGAGCGGCCCUACCCCUGCCCCGAGUGCGGCAAGCGGUAUAAGACCAAGAACGCCCAACAAGUGCACUUCCGGACGCACCUGGAGGAGAAGCCACACGUGUGCCAGUACUGCAGCCGGGGCUUCCGAGAGAAGGGCUCGCUGGUGCGGCACGUGCGGCACCACACGGGCGAGAAACCCUUCAAGUGCUACCGCUGUGGCCGUGGCUUCGCCGAGCAUGGCACGCUGAACAGGCACCUGCGCACCAAAGGGGGCUGCCUGCUGGAGGUGGAGGAGAUGCUGGUGCCGGAGGAGAGCCCUGCAGCUUCUGCCACCGUCCUGGCCGAGGACCCACACACUGUCCUAGUGGAGUUCUCAUCCAUGGUGGCGGACACCCAGGAGUACAUCAUUGAGGCUACUGCUGAUGACGCAGAGACCAGCGAGGCCACAGAGAUCAUCGAGGGCACCCAGACAGAGGUGGACAGCCACAUCAUGAAGGUGGUGCGACAGAUUGUGCGCCAGGCCGGCGCUGGCCACCAGAUCAUUGUGCAGAACAUGACUGUGGACCAGCAGACUGGAACGGGUGCAGAGCCUGCCGCCGACACCAUCACCAUCGCCACUCCCGAGAGCCUGACCGAGCAGGUGGCCAUGACGCUGGCCUCGGCCAUCAGCGAGGGCACUGUGCUCACGGCCCGUGCCGGCACCACUGGCACCGAGCAGGCCACAGUGACCAUGGUGUCAUCAGAGGACAUUGAGAUCCUGGGGCAUGCAGGCGAGCUGGUCAUCGCAUCACCGGAAGGCCAGAUUGAGGUCCAGACAGUCAUCGUGUAGACGCAGCCCAGCAGCGGUGGCAGCAGGCCGGGGAGGUUGGCGUAGAGUGUAAAUACUGAGGUUUUUGUUGAUUUACAAUAAUAAAACAUGAAAAACCUA